AUGGAGCAACGUCUGCAGUCAGAGCUGUAUCGGACCGUUGUGGUGAAGAGGGAGCAGCGUCUGCAGUCAGAGCUGUAUCGGACCGUUGUGGUGAAGAGAGGAGACCCAGCACACAGAGGGAGGAGACCAGGAGGAGACCAGGACACAGAGGGAGGAGACCAGGAGGAGACCCAGGACACAGAGGGAGGAGACCAGGAGGAGACCCAGGACACAGAGGGAGGAGACCAGGAGGAGACCCAGGACACAGAGGGAGGAGACCAGGAGGAGACCCAGGACACAGAGGGAGGAGACCAGGAGGAGACCCAGGACACAGAGGGAGGAGACCAGGAGGAGACCCAGGACACAGAGGGAGGAGACCAGGAGGAGACCCAGGAUACAGAGGGACUGUCUCUCAGCUGGCCUGGGAACUCCUCGGGGUUGGACGAGCUGGAGGAAUAUGAGAGUGAAUCACAGGUCUGUGUUCUCAGUAUUGUUCUCCUCCUCCUCCUCAGUCCCAGUGGUGCCUCCCUGUCCUCCCUGGAGGAGGUGAAGGCCUACCUGCUGACCGAUGGUACCUGCAAGUGUGGCCUGGAGUGUCCCCUGGUUCUCCACAAGGUGUUUAGCUUUGCGGUGGAGGUGAAGGUGGAGCAGUGCAGUGGUCCUCUGGGGAAAGUGGAUCAGGACAUGACCAAACUCUGCAACCACCGCCGGAAAGUGGUCGCCAUGGCAGCCCUGCGCCGCAGCAUGCACUCACCGCUGCCCUACUCCUCCCACCUCCUCCCAGAGGAGAGCAGUGGUCGUAUGAGGAGGCUUCACAGGGAGCGAGGAGACGAUCCCAGAGCGCCCCCUGCUCCUCUUCGCUCCCUCCUCAGCCCUCCCUCUCCACGCCGCCUCCCCUUCCCCCCCACACAGAACGGCUGCUCUGACAGACGCCUGCCCCCCCCCUGCUCCGGCUACAGGUCCCCACACCCCCCUGACACGCCCGGCUCCCCACGCUUCUACCUGCUCUCCUCUCCCCCGGCCGCCUCCCCCCACUCCAGACUAUCCUCCCCCUCAGAGCAGGAGGCGAGCUCCAGGAGGAAGUCUGCGUCUCCCAAACCGCCCUCCCCCCUCUCGCCCUCCCCCCUCUCACCCUCUCCACUCACGCACUUCCACAAACACAGGCUGGAGGGCGUCCUGGAGCAGUUGAAGCAGUCGAGCCAAAGUCUGCAGCCCCUGUCCCAGAAGCCCCUGCCCUACGCCCCUGCGCACUUCAACAACCACGGGAAGACCUCCUUCCCCGCCAGCAGCCUGCUCUCUGCGGCCGCCAAAGCCCAGGUGCUCGCUCAGCUCCCCCCAGGACAGGUCCCAGGACAGACCCCACAUGUGGGCAGCCCCCCCCCUCAGCACAAGGUUACAAACAGCACUUUAUCCCCUCCCUCAGGGCCUCCCCCAGGGCGUCCUCAAGGCGAGCGUGGCGCUCCGCACAGGAAGCGUCAGAGGAGACCCCCUGCGGUGCGUGGGGCAGAGUCUUGUCCCAUGAACCUGUCCACGCCGCGCCCCUGCUCUACCUCAGCGCUGCUCCCCAGGAGCAGGACUCAGACGGAGGCGCUGGACUUCACCACAGGCUCUCCUCUGACACUGGAGCCUCCUACACAGCCCCUGUCAGCUCUACUCCACCUGCUCAGCGUGCAGAACGCCCAGAACGCCCAGAACGCUGCAGACGCCACAGACACUAACAAACUCCUGAACAAAGCUCCGCUGUUCCCCAGCACUUACCGACAGACUGACACUAACCUCUCACUGCUCCAGCCUCAGCCCAGCCCCCCCCACAGACGCUCUCCCAUGUCCUCCUCUCACUCCUCUCACUCCUUCACCCAGUCUCCUCUGCAGGAGUCUCAGUGUCCGGGCGGCUCUCCCAAACCUCUGGACCUCAGCACCCACGUGCUGGCCCUGCUGGCCCAGGCCCAGGGGGACUCCGCCCACAACCACCACCACACGUCUUCCCCCCAGUGCACAGGAUUUGAAGAAUCUGUGUGCUUGGACCGAAAGAACUCUGCGCUGACCAGCCCCCCCGCUCUCCCUCAGGCUACAGCUCAGAGGACCAGCCCCCCCGCUCUCCCUCAAGCUACAGCUCAGAGGACCAGCCCCCCCGCUCUCCCUCAAGCUACAGCUCAGAGGACCAGCCCCCCCGCUCUCCCUCAAGCUACAGCUCAGAGGACCAGCCCCCCCGCUCUCCCUCAAGCUACAGCUCAGAGGACCAGCCCCCCCGCUCUCCCUCAAGCUACAGCUCAGAGGACCAGCCCCCCCGCUCUCCCUCAAGCUACAGCUCAGAAGACCAGCCCCCCCGCUCUCCCUCAAGCUACAGCUCAGAGGACCAGCCCCCCCACUCUCCCUCAGGCUACAGCUCAGAGGACCAGCCCCCCCACUCUCCCUCAGACCCUACCUGGGGGAGACUCGGCUCCUUCUCCUCUGGCUGAGGCCUUUCCCUUCAUGAACCAGGAGCAGCUGCUACAGCUUCUGUCCAGUGGGAGCCUGCCCUCUCUGCUGGACCCUGCAGUCCUGGCCUCUCUGCCGCUCGGAGGCCUGUGGCCCCCCCCUCAGACCCCCCCGGGCCUGGAGCAGCCUGAACAGUUACUGCUGUCUCACGAGCACAAACUGAGCCCUCUGUUCCCUCUGCUGCCGCUGCUCAGUGCGGCUCAGGGGGAGCUCCCUCUGAACCUCCUGGGUCUGAACCCCCUCCCCCCGGCCGGCAGCCCCCCACCAGGGCAGGAGGGGGACCUGGGGGGGGGCUGUGAGAAGCCCGGGCUGCAGGCUCUGCUCAUGGCCUCCCUGCUGCUGGGACAGCAGGGCCCUCUCUUACCUCUGGGGCUGGAGGUCCCUCUGCAGCCGCCUGCUCUGGACUCUCUGUCUCUGGACAAACCCCUCAUGGAGCCCCUCCUGGAGCUGCCCCAGGGCUUCCCUCUGUCCACUGCAUCAGAGCUGCUCCUCCCUCCUCCCACCUCCUUCCUGCCUCUUAGCCCUGCCCUCCUGUCUGCUGCCCUGAGCUCCGCAGAGCUCCACCCGCCUCCCAGCCCUCAGUUAGGUCCAUCACAACCGCCACACCAGCCCCCGCCGCAGGCCUCCACCUGCACCUCCUACAUCAGGCCUCCACACACCUGCACCUCCUUCAUUAGGCCUCCACCUGCACCUCCUACAUCAGGCCUCCACACACCUGCGGCUCCUACAUCACGCCUCCACCUGCACCUCCUAUAUCAGGCCUCCACCUGCACCUCCUACAUCUGGUCUCCACACACCUGCACCUCCUACAUCAGGCCUCCGCCUGCACCUCCUACAUCUGGCCUCCACCUGCACCUCCUACAUCAGACCUCACACACCUUCACCUCCUACUUAUGGACUCCACCUGCACCUCCUACAUCAGACCUCCACCUUCACCUCCUACAUCAGGGCUCCACCUGCACCUCCUACAUCAGGCCUCCACCUGCACCUCCUACAUCAGGCCUCCACCUGCACCUCUUAUAUCAGGCCUCCAGCUGCACCUCCUACAUCAGGCCUCCACCUGCACCUCCUACAUCAGGCCUCCACCUGCACCUCCUACAUCAGGCCUCACACCCACACCUCCUACAUCAGGCCUCCACCUGCACCUCCUACAUCAGGCCUCACACCUGCACCUCCUACAAUACGCCUCCACCUGCACCCCCUACAUCAGGCCUCCACCUGCACCUCCUACAUCAGGCCUCCACACACCUGCACAUCUUAUAUCAGGCCUCCAGCUGCACCUCCUACAUCAGGCCUCCACCUGCACCUCCUACAUCAGGCCUCCACCUGCACCUCCUACAUCAGGCCUCCACCUGCACCUCCUACAUCAGGCCUCACACCCACACCUCCUACAUCAGGCCUCCACCUGCACCUCCUACAUCAGGCCUCACACCUGCACCUCCUACAAUACGCCUCCACCUGCACCCCCUACAUCAGGCCUCCACCUGCACCUCUUACAUCAAGCCUCCGCACACAAUUCUUGUCUAUUCUCACUCAGACUAUAUCAGGAAAUAUACUCUUCUGAAUCCUCAGUGUGUUGCCUCCUCUGCUCCUCCUCUGCUCCUCCUCAUGAACCUCCUUCUGCUGCAGGCUGAUGGUGUGGACGCCCUCAUCCCUCUGCAUCUGCAGAGUAAAGACAACCCUCUGCUCCAGCAGCUGCUGCCAACAUUACUGAACACUGCAGUUCUAGGAGACCUCUCUAACAUCACUAACCUCCAGAACCUGCUGGGUCUAGGGCCUGGCUCCAUCCUCUUACCCCCAGUCCAGGCCUCUGCUCUGGGCUUACCUCUGCUGCAGAGCCAUGAUGGAACCAUCAACCUCCUCAACAACCUCCAGUUGAGCAUCACUACUUCGGAGGAAGAGAAGCCCGUUUCUAUGGAGAAGCAAAGCUCCGCCCCUCAAGGUGACAUUCCAGCCAAUCAGAGCGUGGAUGUUCAGCCUGAGGCCCCUCCCCCUGAGCCCCCUCCCAAACCCACAGGCCCCCGGUCUGUGAUCGACCCCUACACCUCUUUCAUGGACACCAUCUACAGCUCCUUCCUGCAGGUCAGUGCGAGAGAGCAGCAGGAGGGGGCCCGCCUGGGCCCCUCGGACCCGUCCUUCUGUGCCUUACCCCUGGACACACUGCCUCAGGCCUGUGCUCCUGUGGCCCUGAGCCCCCGCAGGGCCUGCUCUCUGAGGAACCCUGAACUGUCCCGCCUCAGUCUGGAGGCCUCAGCACACUCCCCCGCUCAGGGCACCCCCCGCCCCACAGAGGAGGCGCACAGGAGGAGCCUCCCCCCAGUGUUCCUGGAGGAGGCGAAGACAGACUGCAGGAGGCCCACAGAGGAGGCGCACAGGAGGAGCCUCCCCCCAGUGUUCCUGGAGGAGGCGCAGACAGACUGCAGGAGGCCCACAGAGGAGGCGCACAGGAGGAGACCCCCCCCAGGGUUCCUCAGUCCUGGAGACAACUGCAGAGAAGACGGUCCCAGGACCCUGCUGGACCAACACACCACAGAUGCAGUGGGAGGUUUGGGUGAAGCCAGACGAGGAAGGAAACGCAAACAACUCCUGCAGAAUGUUCUCGAGGACUUCCGAGAGCUGGACUCGUCUGCUCUGGAUGAAUCCGAGCUGAAGUCUGACAGAUCAGUGCGCGGCCGCCGCAGACGAGGAACCAGAUCCCAGAGACAAGGCCCCACACUUCCCUCUACACCAGAGGCCCCACACCUCCCUCCACACCAGGGGCCCCACACCUUCCUCUACACCAGAGGCCCCACACCUUCCUCUACACCAGAGGCCCCACACUUCCCUCUACACCAGAGGCCCCACACCUCCCUCUACAUCAGAGGCCCCACACCUCCCUCUACAUCAGAGGCCCCACACCUCCCUCUACACCAGGGGCCCCACACCUUCCUCUACACCAGAGGCCCCACACCUUCCUCUACACCAGAGGCCCCACACCUCCCUCUACACCAGAGGCCCCACACCUUCCUCUACACCAGAGGCCCCACACCUCCCUCUACACCAGAGGCCCCACACCUUCCUCUACACCAGAGGCCCCACACCUUCCUCUACACCAGAGGCCCCACACCUUCCUCUACACCAGGGGCCCCACACCUCCCUCUACACCAGGGGCCCCACACCUUCCUCUACACCAGGGGCCCCACACCUCCCUCUACACCAGGGGCCCCACACCUUCCUCUACACCAGAGGCCCCACACCUUCCUCUACACCAGAGGCCCCACACCUUCCUCUACACCAGGGGCCCCACACCUCCCUCUACACCAGGGGCCCCACACCUCCCUCUACACCAGAGGCCCCACACCUUCCUCUACACCAGGGGCCCCACACCUCCCUCUACACCAGGGGCCCCACACCUUCCUCUACACCAGAGGCCCCACACCUUCCUCUACACCAGAGGCCCCACACCUCCCUCUACACCAGGGGCCCCACACCUCCCUCUACACCAGAGGCCCCACACCUUCCUCUACACCAGAGGCCCCACACCUUCCUCUACACCAGGGGCCCCACACCUCCCUCUACACCAGGGGCCCCACACCUCCCUCUACACCAGAGGCCCCACACCUUCCUCUACACCAGGGGCCCCACACCUCCCUCUACACCAGGGGCCCCACACCUCCCUCUACACCAGAGGCCCCACACCUCCCUCUACACCAGAGGCAACAUUAA